GUUUCUGGCUUUUUAUCGUGUGGCCGUCGGCCUUUCUUUCUCUCUCUCUCUCUCUCUCUCUCUCUCCAUGAAAGAAUCACCAUGACAACAGGCAAGGAGACUGUUGCAUCGUCACAACCUGGCAUCGAGUGUUGCAUGUGUGGGGAUUAUGGUUUCUCCUACGAGCUUUUCCAAUGCAAAGUUUGCCAAUUCAGAUCGCAGCACAGGUACUGUAGCAAUCUGUAUCCAAAGGCCGAGUCUUACCGGAUUUGCAAUUGGUGUCUGAGCCAGAAGGACGACGCCAAAGAGAAGUCACAAAAUUCUUCCAAUUCUUCGUCAUCCAACAAGAACCAAGGCGAAGACGGUAAAAGUGACGAUCUUGCGAAUCUAAAGGGUCGACAAAGAGACACUCUGCAGUUGAAACUCAGUGGCCCCAUCAAGAAACAGAGAUCGCCGGAGGGAUCGCCAUCCCCAUCCCCAUCGGCCCGAAAGAGGAUCCUCACGAAUGCUCGUAUGGAAGAGAAUCUCAGGAGAACAAGAUCAGAGGAGAUAUCAAGCAGAAUUGGAGUGACGACGAGGCCGUUGUUCAGGAAUAAGGCGAGAAGGUACAAGCUUUUGGAUGAGGUUUCAAGCUAAAUCAAUCGCCCGUAAUAUAACUUUUCUCUUCUCUUUUUGUAACAAUUAAUAUGUUACAGUACGUACAGAAAACCCAGUUCAGUACAGAAUCUCGUUGUAUAAUUUGCUGCAAGCAAAUCUUGGAUUAAUUAGUGCCAAAUAAAAAUUACCAAUAAUCAGCACUUUUACA